UUUCUACCGACUUUGGGUAUAAAGGGCUCGCUGGAGGGGCAUAGAAAAUAACUACAGUCGAUUGACAUUAUCACACCUCACAUACCAGUACCUCAAUCUUCUUAUACAACCUUCAAUUUAUCACCGCAAUCAUGGUCAAGACAAUUCCCUUUGGCGAUAUCCAAGUCCCCUCGCCAGGUUUCGGCGCGAUGGGUCUGAGCUUCGGUCUAGGCACUAAUCUGAGCCUGGAAGAGGCCGAACCCGUUCUGCUCAAGGCAAUUGAGCUUGGAUGCACAUUUUGGGACACAGCGGUUGUCUACCAGGCCGGUGUGAACGAGAAGCUCUUGGGAGACUUCAUCAGGAAGCACAACGUUCGCGACAAGAUCUUCAUUGCUUCGAAGUGCGGUUUCGACUGCUUCGGAGACAAGAAUGUCACCAACUCUGCCUCUCACAUCAAGACAUACAUCGAUGGCACCAUUGAGCGCCUCGGCUUCGCACCCGACCUCUACUACCUCCACCGAAUCGACCCCAAGACACCCCUCGAGGAGUCCAUCCCUGCUCUCGAUGAGAUCCGCAAGGCCGGCAAGACCAAGUACAUUGGCCUGUCCGAGUGCUCUGCGGCAACACUCCGCAAGGCCAACUCUAUUGCCAAGAUCGAUGCUGUCCAGGCUGAAUACUCCGCUUUCGAGACCCUGCACGAGAACGACUCCCUGAUCGACACCGCGAAGGAAUUGGGCGUCACAUACGUGGCUUACAGCCCUCUGGGUCACGGAUGGCUCGUCGAUGACUUCCCUUACAAGUCCCCCGACGACUUCGCACCUGACGAUUUCCGCCGUUCUGUUCCCAAGUUCCAAGGCGAGAACUUCUACAACAACAAGGCCAUCGUCGAGGAGAUCAAGAAGCUUGCUAAGCGCAAGGGUGUCACUUUGACACAGAUCGCGCUCGCUUGGGUUGCUGCUCAGGGUAUGAUCGCCAUCCCAGGCACAACCAAGGCAUCACGUUUGGAGGAGAACUUCGCUUCGAGGGACAUCGACCUUACGGAGGAAGAGAAGGCAGAGAUGCGAAAGAUCCUUGAUGCUGCCAAGCCUCACGGAAACAGAUAUGCGCCCGCACAGCAGGCCAUGGUCGGUCACUAGAGGAAGUGGGUGCCAGGAUGAUAAC